CAAACAAAAGAGAUAGGAUUAUUAUUUGAAGUGAAUUGUGUGAGAAUCAAUUAUUAUUGGUGUUGGGUUUAGUUGAAAUUAGUUAGAAUUCAAUAUUUGAAUAUCAAAAAACAACAAUGGCAUCCUUAUCCCUCUCAUCACCCCCAUCUCUAUCCUCCUCACUUCACAAUGCCUCCACACGCCUUAACCUACGCACCCCCACCUCCCUUAAACUACGCACCAAUUACCAUUCUCACAAACACCCUUCCCUCUCCAUCAAAGCCAUAACCCUCACACAAGACGACCUUAAGAAACUCGCCGCCGAUAAAGCCGUCGAAUAUGUCAAAAGCGGCAUGGUCCUCGGCCUCGGAACCGGCUCCACCGCCGCCUUUGUCGUCUCCAAACUCGGCGACCUUCUCAACUCCGGUCAACUCACUGAUAUAAUCGGCGUUCCCACUUCCAAACGCACAGAAGAACAGGCUCGUUCCCUCGGUAUCCCUCUCUCCGUUCUCGACGAUAAUCCUCGUCUCGAUCUCGCCAUUGACGGCGCCGAUGAGGUUGAUCCUUUCCUUAACCUAGUUAAAGGCCGCGGCGGAGCUCUUCUAAGAGAAAAAAUGGUGGAAGCGGCUUCCGAUAAGUUCGUGGUGGUCGUCGACGACACGAAAUUGGUCUCCGGUCUCGGCGGAAGUGGACUUGCGAUGCCGGUGGAGGUUGUUCAGUUUUGUUGGAAAUACAAUUUGAUUAGGCUUCAGGAAUUGUUUAAGGAAGAAGGUGUUGAUGCGAAAUUGAGAUUGGAUGAAAGUGGAAAACCCUAUGUUACUGAUAAUUCUAAUUACAUUGUUGAUUUGUACUUUAAGACUCCGAUUAGAGAUGCAAAUGCUGCCGGAGCUGAGAUUUCAGCACUUGAAGGUGUUGUUGAGCAUGGUUUGUUCUUGAACAUGGCUACCUCCGUCAUCAUUGCCGGUAAAACCGGUGUUGAAGUCAAAGACAAGUGAUUUUCAUUCAUUUGAUUGAUUCGGUAAAUUAUAUUUUGAGUUUUUAUUUUCAUGUUGUUCAUGUACUAUAUUGUUUUUUUUGCUUUGGAUACAAUAAUAAUCAUAAUAAUAAGAUAAGAUAAAUAUUUACAUGUUCAUAUCUUUAGUGACGAUUUAAGAGGAAAAAAAAUGAAGAUAAGAGAUGCAAUAAGUUCAGACGAGAUAGUUUGAGUGUC